UUUGAAAGGGAAUUCUGGGUUAGGCUGUAUGGAUGACUUGUACACAAGUAUGGUCGAGUUGGAUGACAAAUGGUUUGAUGGCAGUGCUAAAAAAUCCUUAAAGUUCUCUAGAGUUGCACAGCACCAUAAUUGUAAGAAUCAGCCUCUACUAUCGACAGAAGAGUGUGAGAGUGACAUUCUGAUUAACCCCAAGGACAGCAAAAACUUCGUGCAAGGACCUUCAGAGUUCAUAAUUUCAGACGAUUUGGAUGUGAAGCCCAUGUCUUCUGCAUCAAGCUUUAACAUACUAAAGGAACUAAGAGUCCCCAUCACUGAGAUUGAGCAGCAAGUACUCCCUAUUAGCUUUAAAGAGGCAUCGAGGUUUCUAAAGGCGACACUUACAUCCCCAUCUGCAGUUCUAACUAAUGGCUUGGGCUGCUUCUUGCAGAAGCAUAAAACAUAGUCCCGG